CUCGGCGAGCUAGGAUAGGCUGGGAGUUUGGUCCAGGCCCGGGCCAGCGAACAGGACGGGGCAAAGAAAGCAGGAGCUGCCGAAUGUCUUACAGGAAACUCGACGUGGACUAUGCACAUAAGUUAAAGGCGAAUAUAUAUGUUUAAAUGCGAUUGAAAUACGCGAAUGAUAGCUGAAGUGACUGACGAUACUUUGGGAUCUAGUUGGCGUAGCGGUUGAGCCGGAGCGCAAUUCUUAGGUGCAAUUCACGUUUGGCUGCAUCAUGCCGAGGCGGACCGUCCACGAAGUAACUGUUCAAGAUGUGCAGAAGAGGAGAAACCCCAGCAAACACUAUGUUUAUCUUAUCAAAGUCUCCUGGUCAGAUGGCAGCACAGAGGUCAUCUAUAGAAGAUACAGCAAAUUCUUCGAUCUACAGAUGGAGCUGCUGGAUAAGUUCCCUGUGGAAGGAGGACAGAAGGAUCCCAAACGCAGAAUCAUCCCUUUCCUACCAGGAAAGAUCCUGUUCCGUAGGAGCCACAUCAGGGACGUUGCCAUGAAGAGGCUGAGACCCAUAAAUGAAUACUGCAGGGCCCUUAUUCAGCUGCCCGUCUACAUCUCCCAGUGUGAGGAGGUGCGUGUGUUCUUCGAAACCCGGCCUGAGGACCUCAACCCACCCUCUGAGGAGCCUGUCGGAAAAAAGAAAUCAGGCAUUGUGGAGAGAGCAGCUUCUUUCAUAAAGAGAGGAGGAGACUCCACCGCAGGAGAUGGGCUGGUCCUGGAUCAGUACGUUGCCGUCACCGACUACGAGAAGCAGGAGAGCUCGGAGAUCAGCCUGCACGUGGGACAGGUGGUGGAGGUCAUCGAGAAAAACGAGUCCGGAUGGUGGUUUGUCAGCUCGGAGGAUGCCCAGGGCUGGGUCCCGGCCACCUGUCUGGAGGCCCAGGACGACCCUGAUGAUUUCUCCAUACCCGGAGAGGAAGAAGAGAAGUAUUCAGUGAUCUACCCAUACUCAGCCCGUGACGAAGAUGAGAUCGACCUGGAGAGAGGCAUGAUUGUGGAGGUUAUCCAGAAAAACCUGGAAGGAUGGUGGAAGAUCAGGUACCAAGGAAAGGAGGGCUGGGCCCCUGCGUCCUACCUGAAAAAGGCUGACGUUUUGAGUCCGAAAUUGCCAGCGCAUGCCAGCACCAAUGACCUGGACGGAGCAUCCAAGCAGCAGAAGGAGCAGAACAAGGAGAACCAGAAAGAGAAAGAGAACCGCUUCUCUCCUUUCUCAGAGAACAACAAGCACAAAGCGGGCCAGAGAAGGGGACCACCACCUCGCCGUGAUCUCACCAUUCCUCGAGGGGUGAAUUUACCCAAGCCACCAGUGCCCCCACAGGUGGAGGAAGAGUACUACACCAUUGCAGACUUCCAGACAACUAUUCCAGAUGGCAUAAGCUUCCAGGCAGGCAUCAAAGUGGAGGUGAUUGAUAAGAACUCCAGUGGGUGGUGGUACAUCCAGAUUGACGAGAAAGAGGGAUGGGCCCCCAUGACCUUCAUCGAUAAAUACAAGAAGACCAGCAACGUCCCACGUCCCAACUUCCUGGCCCCCCUGCCCAAUGAGAUGGCUCAGAUGAAGCUUGAGGACGCUGUGGCCAACAACGGUGCCUCGGAUGACAACUGGUCCAAGCCGUUACCAGACGAGCCCUCAGCCAGUGUUGAGUUUUCAGCCCGGCCCAAGCUGCGAGACUGGAAAUCAGGCGCCGGCAAGAAUCCGCUGUUCUCCCAACCACUUCCCCCGGCCCCUGCCUCGCCCCCUGCCACUGAAGAGAAGCCGGCCCUGCCCCCCCGCAGGGAGUCCAUUAGGGAGAGCAGCAGGAGCUUUGAUAGUGAGGCCGUAGCAGACAGCAGGACCAACAACGACGUAAUGUCCAAACCACUGCCCCCGAAACCGCCGGCGCCCGGUGUGAUUAUGCCCUUGCUGGCUCCCAAGACAGCCCCCUCCAAGCCGGAGAAGCCCCCCGAGCCCAAGAAAGCGGCGGAGGACAAGAGCAAGGCCCUGCACCUGCGCAACGAGAUGGGCCUGGAGUGCGGACACAAGGUGUCUGCCAAGGAGGUGAAGAAGUUCAACUUGAAGCCCGUGCCCAAGCAGCCUCCCAAGCCCAAGGUGGAGCCGGCCGAGGAGAAGGCAGGAGAAGCGGGGGCCAGCCCUCCAGCCCCUUUCCUCAAGCCCAAACCCAUGCUCAGACCCAAACCCGUCCCGGCCGCCAAGCCCGAGGUGCAGCCAAAGAACGAGCUGGACAUAACCAACCUGAGGAGCAAGCUGCGACCAUCCAAGCCGGCCGAGCCCCCAGGGGCGACGGCGGCAGCAGCAUCGGACGCGGCCACUCAGAACGAGCCCUCAUCACCUAUCAGCAUCAUUUUGAAUAACAGCAGAGCGGCAGCAGCAGCAGCAGAGGAACCCCCCAAAUUUCCUCCGAAGCAGCACAAUGGCCAUGACGCGGCCCCUCCCCCCCGUCCAACUCCGGCAGCUCCUAAAGAGCCUCCGCAGAGGCCCACAGCCGCGCCCCGCCGACCCCCUCCACCCAGAAAGACCAGCGAGCCCAGCAGCCCCACUGAGACCAAAGCCCCUGCGAAAGAGAACGGGAAACCCGCUGUGGCGCCACCUCCCCAGAGUCGGCCCCCUCCUCCCAAACCCAAGGCGCCUCCUUCCAAAGACCCCAAGGAAAAGGAGAAGGACAAGGAGAAGGAGAAAGAGGAGCCUCCUAGAGGCAAGGUGCCCAUUCCACCCAAGCCGCAGGUGAAGAGCGAGAAGCCUGGGCCGCCGCGGGACAAGCUGCCGCCGCUCAUCCGGGACCCGGCCAAGGAGGAGCUCUUCCUGGCCGUGGCCGACUUCGACGGGGACGAGCAGACACCCAGCUUCCGCGAGGGAACCGUCUUCGAGGUGAUGGAACGCGACAACAGCGGCUGGUGGUUCUGUAAAAAUGUCAACGAUCGAGCGGAGAGCUGGAUACCCUCUAACUAUCUAGCCAAGAAACAUUAAGUGCUGUUUUUUUUUGUUUUGUUUUUUUAUCUUGGCUGUUUCUCAACUUAACAAGUACAGUAUUAAUACUCUGCAUAUUUAAUUAGCUUUUUUAUUUAUAGGUACCUUUUGAAAUUGGAGCCUAUUUUAACAUUCCAUCUUUCAAAUUUCGUUUGACUGUAUUGUUUUUCUUAGUGGGUGGAACAAAGUACCCAAUAAACAGGAAAACACUUGUGUCUUUGUACUCAUCACCAUUUGUGCCGUAUAUUAAUCAAGCCUAUAGUAUUUUUGAUGUGUAUCACAAAACUCUAAUAGACUAGCAAUAUAUCUGGCAGACUUCCCUUGAUGUUGUGCCUCAGCAAAUUACUAUAUAUACAUAAAAAUGAUGCUUUGAUAUAUGCAAAUGUUUUACUUUAAAAAUUCUGUAGAGUAUGUUUACAGAGGUCAAAACAAUGCAGUAGUGUAGGAUUUAGUGACAAAGCCUUACAGCACUAACAGCUGCAGCAAAACUAUAGACAAACAAAUCCCUCCCAUGUCUACAUCCAUUUUUUUAAAAAAAAGUUAAAAAGAAUUUAAAACAAGUCAACUGCUUAAAAGUAUAGUCUCAAUGUGACACUUGUUUUGGUUUUAUUUCUAUAAGGGUGGGUCGCCUGUUGGACGGUUAUGGGAGUGGGGGGUUUCAAAUCAACAUUAUGUGAAUAUUUUUCGAUUUCUUUUUUGUUUUUAUUUCAUUGGGUUAUUGCAAUGAUUGAUGUGCACUUUCCAUAUUCUGCAAAGUGGCGUACAGCGAGUAUGAAGAAAUGAACAAGGAGUUGAAUCAGUAACUAUGGAGUUUCAGUAAGGUACAGUGCCAGCGAAUGAUGAAGCAACGUUUACAGUUGAACAACAAAAAAUAACCCUGCUUUCCGUCUUGAACAUUUUCAAUGAAGUAGAAGAUUCUACAAUUAAAGCAUUUAUUGUAAAAUAAUAGAUGAGAGCAUCAGAAAAUCAUGUUUGUUUUAGUGUUGCCGACCAUUGCUUGUCAACCUUACAACAAGGUUAAAUAAGAUGUCUUAUAAACAUGACUGUGAGCUUGACUGGUUUCAAGUGUGUAUUUGAUAUCGCAGUUAUAUUUUGUUAAUUUUAAAUGUAGUAAGGCAUUUUUUUAAAUGUUGUCAAACUGACAUAGUAUUUUAUUUAGCGUUUUUUUGUUAUUUGUUCUGUUUUUGUAUGCUGUUUUCUUGAUUUUGUACCUGAUGAUGAAAACGAGAAGACUUAGGAAUGGUUGGUUCUUUGAGAGUACCUGACCAGGAAGGGAGGCUUUCCCAGCUUUAUUGUUUUGUGAUAUUUCAGAGACCUUACAUCACAAAGCCAUACACGUUACAACAGUGCAGUCAUGACUAUUGACUGUACUUUCUAUCCAAAGUUUUGACCGUGUGUCCAGAAACACUCCUAGAAACAUUUCAGAUAUGGAAGGUGCUUGCCUUGGUAAAUAAGUAUUAGCAAUAUGUAGUACAUGAUGCUGACAGCCUGGGGUUUCCCAUUAAGUAUUGUGUGACCCUCAUUAUGUUAGUAUUGAUGUUACGCCACACUAGAAUCUGACUGGAUGCAUGGUGCAAGAGUGAUGCAUGGGCAAGCCUUUCCCUGGAGGCUUACCAUGUAUUGUUCCAAUAUGAACACUGAUUGAACACAUUCAGUAGGUUUACAAGUAUGGGCGACAAAGAGUACUUCAUGUUUAAAACAGGGAGGGGGAUAUCAUGUUGAAAAAGAUGAAAGAAAGAAAAUGACUGAGCAAUAGAGGUGUUACAGAUGAACUCUAAGGUGGUCAGAAGCAGGGGUGGAGCUAUAUGGGGGGCAAGCAGGGCAUUUGCCCUGGGGCCCAGGGCCCUCCUGUAUUGGUGUUGGGGGUAGGGAUGCACGAUGUAUCGGCCAGAUGUAUCGGUAUCGGCCGAUAUUUGACAUUUCUCAACACAUCGGACAUCGGUCCGAUGGGUAAAACUGGGCCGAUGUUAACGCCAAUGUUUUUUUUUAUAUGUUACGGUUCUAAAAGUUUGGACGUGACGGUGACUUUCAUUGUUUGUCUUCUAGUUUGUCUCUAUUUUUUUUAUCUAAUUUUAUCACAGGGAGUUAAAAAGUGUUUUUGGAAAUAAGAGGACAUUCAAAAAUUCAGUUUGUUUGCAUCAUUGUCAGUCUGUAUUAAAUGUUAUCUCUUAAAAAAAAAAAAAAACAUUGGUAUCGGUUAAUAUCGGUUAUCGGCCAAAAUCUCAAUAUCGGAUAUCGGAUAUCGGUAUCGGCCGAAAAUUUACACAUCGUGCAUCCCUAGUUGGGGGGCCUUAUUUUGACCAUGGCAUGUUGUAUGGAGGGGGCCUUCAAAUGGUUUGCCUUUGGGCCCUGUGUGCAAUUGUCCCGCCACUGGUCAGAAGGGCAUGUGGGCAAGGUCAAAAGUAGAGUUAAGGGCACUAGUAUGUAAGAGAGUUAUGUGUCAGACCACAACAGAUAUGUGUUUCGUCAACUUUCCCCACGUUGUUCCACCAGGUGUUUAUCAUGUUUACAUCUCCCUCCAUUCAAUUCAGUUCAAUUCAUGCCUUCAGUACUGUAACUUUACAGCCCUACUUGUACUGCCAGCCACUGUUACAUUUCAAUUAUUCUCCCUUUUUUGUUGCUACUAUAAAGCAUAAAUAAACAUUUCCAUUUUUCCAAA